AUGCUAAUCUUCAACCAUUCCGGCUUCAUGACCUUCACUCUGAUGGGCAUACCUGGCUUAGAGUCACAGAACUUAUGGCUAUCUGUUACUUUCUUCUCCAUGUUUUUGGCUAUCCUCAUUGGCAAUGGUGCUAUCCUCUUCCUGGUGGUCAUAGAGCCCACACUUCGCACACCCAUGUACCUGCUCCUGGCUCUGCUGUUGGUGGCUGACCUCAUAUCCACUCUGGCCUUGGUGCCCAAGCUUCUCUUCCUCUUCUGGUUCAAUGAUCGGGACAUAACUGCCAAGGCCUGUUUCACCCAGAUGUUUUUCAUCCAUGGAACAUCGGUGGUGCGAUCAGCCAUACUUGUUGCAAUGGCCUUUGACCGCUUUGUGGCUGUGUGUGUGCCAUUACGGUACAACACAAUUAUGAGCCAUUCCCUAGUUGGACGCCUGGGACUGCUGGCUCUAGCUAAGGGGAUGAUUCUUGUCCUCCCCGUUCCCUUUCUCGUUCAAAGGUUGACCUUCUGCCGUACAGUAAUUCCUCAUAGCUACUGUGAUCACAUGGCUGUGGCAAAAAUGGCCUGUAACCACACCAGACCUAAUCGUAUAUAUGGGCUCUUUGUGAUCCUGCUUGUGGUGGGACUUGAUCUGCUGCUCAUUGGCUUCUCUUAUGCCCUCAUCCUUCAGUCUGUAGUUCGUCUCAACUCUCGAGAUGCCACCUUCAAGGCCUUCAACACCUGCUCAGCCCAUCUCUUUGUCAUCCUUAUCUCUUAUGGACCUGGACUCUUUUCCGCUAUCAUCCAUCGCUUUGGUGGCAAUAUCCCACCUCAUGCACAUGUUCUCCUUGCCAAUCUCUAUCUUCUUAUACCCUCAAUGGUCAACCCCAUCAUCUAUGGUAUAAAGAUGAAGGAAAUACGGGAAAAGGUGGAAAAAUGCCUGUGCAAAGGCACUUCAUAA